GCACCUCUGUAUUAAUUGACUGAGCAGACCUUUUAUUGGACAGUGUCGUCCUCACAUCCUCACAUCCUCACUCAGAUCAACUAUUCUAACUACAACCAGCAGAGCUGCGUGGUGUGGGGACACUUACACUUUUGGGUGAAGUCAAUUAGAAAAGAAGGAAAAAGGACGAGGAGAAGACAAGGAAAAGACACACAGGAUGCCGCUGAACGCAGGAGACAAUGGCUACGGCAGCGCGCCUGGCCCCGGGCUGUCGGCCAGUGUGGGCGGCAUCGAGACUGCCCCGCUACUCAUCCCGGAGCCUGAACCGGAGCCGGAACAACGAUGGCUGCCGCUGAGCAAGGAGGAGCUGGAGGCCGCGGCGGGGGGUCCGCUAUGGAGGAGGGUGCGCUGUUACCUGGUGCUGUUGUUCUGGCUCGCCUGGGUGGCCAUGCUCGCCACCGCCAUCGCCAUCAUAGUCAUGAGCCCCAGACCUGUGGUGAUACCACUCAAGUGGUGGCAAAAAACUGUGUUCUACGAGCUGCAGCCCGCGCCUUACAUGGAGGCUCCACAUGGUUUAAACGUGCUGUGUGAGCAGCUUCCCUACCUCAGGUCCCUGGGUAUUGGGACUCUAAUCCUGCAGGGCCUGUUCAGUAAAGAGGUUUCUGCUUCAAACCUCACCAUGGCUGCUCAAAGCUCGGGGACGCUGCCUCAGAUCCAGCAUCUGCUCACAGAGAGUAACAAAGCCGGUCUCAAAGUGAUGCUGGACUUCUGUGGUCUGGAUCUAAAUGGAUCGCAUGUCUCAGACACAGAACAGCGCUCACUGCGGUUCUGGUUGGAGCAAGGUGUGGCAGGUUUUGCGAUAUGUGAUACCGAUGCAGCAUAUUCAGAAAAGACUCUGCUGGAAUGGAGAGAUGUCUUAGUGGAGUUUGACGGCCAGGAGGAUGAAGAAAGGAUUGUGGUGGUCAAACAAACUCAACACGUCUUGCUGCCUCUGAACAACUCCGACCAAAUCAACAGGACACUGGUGGAUGUGGUUAUGAGGCCAAUUCUUCCGUCUUCACAUCAUCCCCUCUCAGCACAGGAAGUGGCUGACGCUAUAGAGACGCACCUGCAAACAAAAGAUGAAAAGAUAUGGCCAAGCUGGACAGCUGGAGGUGAAGUGUCUCAUGACUUGAAGAGGUUACUCCUGGUGUUGACGAUGACUCUGCCAGGAUCGCCUGCACUCCAAUAUGAUGAAGACCUCGACCAAACACAGGAUAAGGGGAAAGAGAGGCGCUCAGCUGUCACUCUUUUCACCUCCCUCAGUCACUCCAGAGCCAGAGAAGAAGCUCUAAUGUACGGCAGCUUCACCUUCCUCCCUUUCAACACCUCCUCCACCAACUCUUCCUCCUCCUCCUCCUCAAACUCCACUGUUUCCUCGCCAUCAUCUCCCACAGUCCUGGCCUUUCUCCGCUCGUGGGGCUGUGUCCACUUCCUCGUCCUGCUCAACGUCGGGUCUGAGCCUCACGCUCUGGAUCCGGCCUGGGCCCCGAGUUUACCUGAGGCUGGAGUGUUUGUGACCAGCUCAGGAUUAGACCGCCUGGGCUCGACGUCGUUGUACACACUGGUGUUGAAGCCCCACGAAGCCAUUGUCAUCAAACUGUUUGAGGGGGGAAGCUACUCGUAGAGCUUCUGUUUGUUUACAGAAGCCCACAUUCAGCACAAUUUAAAAAAGAGAAAAAAAAAAAGAUUGCUCCCUGUUUACAUCAUUGAAAAUAAAAUAAUAAAUUUG